AUUUAUUAGAUUAUGAAUUCGUAGUGAAUCUCUCUUGGCCAGCUCAGGUUGUAUUCGAUGACAUAUGAACUACCAGUGAAACAGAAUCAGACACAGACCGGGGUGAUUAACAUAGAAAGUGUCCUCUUUUUUAGAAUGAUACUUCUUCGGGGCCUCUGCAAACUUCUCAGCUUUCUCCAUAUACGCCGUCACAUCUGUGCUUUAUUGCUCACAAACAUCUACUUCCACUUCCAAUCAACUCCAGCGCAAUACUUCAUAGGGCCCUUCUCAAUACAACGUAAAUACUGCGCAACCUGUACCCUUCUACAGGCUAUACCCGUGACAAUAAGCUGGAAGUCUGGAAGAAGCUUUCUAUGUUGCAUGGAUACAUUUCACCUCCUAGUCAAUCGCAUCUUGGAGUGAUUAGGGGGUUGUGUAGUGUCAGCGUCGAAGGGUGGACCAGAGACAUGUGGAAGUUGAAAAAGCUGUGAAUUGCGAGAAUGAUCAAGAGUGUAGAUUGAAAUUUUUCGAGUUUGUGGAAAUGUCCGAGAGUUUUUUUCACAGCGCGGUUCAGUGAGACGAUGGCGCUCUCGACUGCAGGUUCUACCGCAAUUGAUCGACAUGCUUCUGUAUCAAGUUUGAUGUUGUCCGAGAACUGAUUCAAUUUAGUAAAAGCCUGAGUAUUAGAGGCUUCGAUUCCGUUAGCGAUUACCAUUAAGCGAAGAUUAUCUAGGACUGCAGUAGUCUUACAGUGGUCGAGGCCGCGCCAGUUUGAGUGUAACGAAAGCUGAAUCUUCAAGACCUUGAUUAGACGUCGAAUCGACAGUUAAUUCUCAUUGCCCCUCCAUUUGUUGACCUGGUUGUUGCUUUUCAUGUCAUGGACUGAAAAGCUUGUCAAACGACCAUUCGUGCGUCAAAAGAGCAGUAUAAUUUGGACAUGAAAUAGACAUGAUACUGGUUUGCAUGGUGAGGCGUUGCAGAUCAUGGAAUCCUUAGUUUACUCUCGAAUCCGUAGGUAACCGCAAGUGCUUGGAUUUCACUGUGAGGAAGCUUUUUUGAGCAGGUUACUUCAUUUCGAUGCAACAUCGCACGGUACGUAGUUAAGCAUAUCGUAGCGUUAAGGACCCAAAUCGCAUCAGGCCGCAAUGGAUUUCAUUUGCUUUGUUAAAACCAUUUCUUAGGCCGAUGAUUGAGAUCGAUGUAAGGCCGCAACUCUAUAUCUUCUGAGCCAAUCUCAGUUUAAAUUCUGAACAGACGAUCCACAAUUUCUCGUUUGAAUCAUCCUGGUUUACUCAAUAGACUGCAACGAAGUUCUUUUCAAUGACCUCAAACCAAACAAGUGAUGUUUCGGUAACGUCGAGGGGGGUGUUGGCAGGAGAUGAUCCCUUACACCAUGCUCUAUUGCUCCUAAUCAUUCAGGUCAUAAUUAUAAUAUGUCUAACUCGGUUUCUGGCGCUCCUGCUGCGCCCCCUCAAGCAACCUCGUGUUGUAGCUGAAAUUCUGGGAGGAAUAAUAUUAGGGCCGACUGGCUUCGGAAGCAUCCCAGGCAUCACAGACACCAUAUUCCCUGAAAGCUCUUUGACUGUGCUGGAUACUGCCGCAAAUGUGGGCCUCAUCUUCUUUCUCUUCCUUGUGGGAUUGGAAUUGAACAUCAAAACAAUUGUCAAAUCGGGAGUAAUUUCACUAUGGAUGGCAGCAGCAGGCAUAAUCUUUCCGUUUGGCCUUGGGUCAAUAGUUGCCUGCCUCAUAAGCAAACUCCUCCCACAGAUGGAUUCGCAUCACAGUUUCGGAGUCUUCACCAUGUUUCUUGGCGUGGCACUGUCCAUUACGGCUUUUCCCGUUCUCGCUCGUAUCCUCGCAGAGCGCAAACUUCUCAACACUGAGAUUGGCCAAAUGGCGAUGUCUGCAGCAGCAAUAAAUGACAUCGUGGCUUGGAUCCUUCUGGCUCUGGCAUUGGCCCUCACAAACUCAGGAUCGACUCCAGUAGUCGCAAUAUGGGUGCUUCUUCUGGGUGUAGCCUUUUCUGCCUUCAUGUUUGUUGUUGUUUCACCCGUCAUGUACGCUCUGGCCAACUAUAGGGAGCUGCCACCGGAACCUGUGGUCGCAAUGACUCUUGUGAUUGUUCUUGGAUCAGCGUUUUUCUCCGACUUGAUUGGCAUUCAUGUCAUUUUUGGAGCCUUUAUCUGUGGCCUCAUUGUUCCCAAGGAUGGCUCAUUCGCAGCGACGAUGAUAGAGAAGGUUGAAGACUAUGUGAGUGUCCUCUUCUUGCCACUGUACUUCGCAAUAUCUGGACUAAAGACACACCUUUCCGAAGUCAAUAAUGGAACUGCAGUGUUGAUUCUCUUCAUGGUGAUAGCAACGGCAUGCAUCGGUAAAGUGAUGGGGACGUUAAUUGUGGCCAAGAUUUGGGGUGUGGAGAACAGCAAGGCUUUGGCCCUUGGAUUUCUCAUGAACACCAAAGGUCUUGUUGAACUGAUAGUCCUCAACAUUGGACUCUCUAAACGGGUCAUUAAUCAAGAAUUGUUCGCGAUUAUGGUAGUUAUGGCCCUGGUGACUACUUUCAUCACAACUCCUGUGGUUAUGUGGCUUUACACACCAGCACGUGAUAUACCACCUUACAAAAGGCGGAGCAUCGGUUCUGAUGACGAUAAGGAUGAACUGCGUAUGCUCCUCUGUCCUGUCGGAGAGUGGAACAUACCUGGCAUGGUGAACAUAAUUGAAAUUACAAGAGGAAAACAUCACAAGUCUCUGCGAGCGUAUGUGCUUCACCUGAUAGAAUGUUCGGAAAGAUUGUCCUCCAUCAGAAUGUCCACCUUUUCAAGGCGAAAUAGCAGAGACAACUUCAUGAAUGAGGAACAUGGGAACACCGAAGUGGAGAUGGUUGAAGUUGCAUUUCAAUCUUAUGGAAAGCUUGGCAGAGUGCAAGUCAAGACUGCAGUCGCCGUCAGUGCUUUCCGCAACAUGCACGUAGAUGUUUGUAACAUUGCAUGCUCUAAUCGGGUCAAUUUUCUGCUACUGCCGCUUCACAUGCGUCGAAGUCACGAUGGAAAUUUUGGGACUAUGUUUCCAGAGCUCAAGAAAUUGAACAUGAAAAUAUUGCGGGACGCUCCUUGUUCGGUGGGGCUGCUGGUUGAUAAUGGGUUGGGUGGACCAACAGCCACUCCACCCACCAAUUAUUCUCAGCACAUAUAUGUGCUUUUCUUCGGGGGCCCCGAUGAUCGAGAAGCUCUGAUGCUGGCACGCCGCAUGUUGCAGCAUGGUGGAAUCAAACUCACAGUCAUCCAAAUUGUGAUUCAAGGUCUUGUGCACCAUCACUUGGGACGCAUCCGAAGAAUCUCAAGCCGUAUGUUGAGGUCUCAUUUGCCUAAAAAACCUCCUGCCUGGAGAAGAUGGGAGGCUUGGAAUUGGUUGGUUUGUGAAGUUGUGAACUUUUUCAAAGCACCGUGGGUGAAGCCCAAGAAGUGUGUGAAGCCCAACCAGAACAGUGAAGCUGAGAAAACUUGCCUCACAACGGAUUCGACCGGGGAUACAAACGUCGCAGACGCAAUUAUGAGAAAUUCGAAUGGAGAAAUUCACGUCGUCAUGAAAGACAUCUUGUCGGAAAGCGAGAGAAUUAAGGACAUGCAAGCCCUAGCUCCCAUUCUGGCAACUGCAACCAAAGCUAACCAAGAAGAGGUAGGCGAUACUGGAGAUCGCAACGGUGAAUCCUUACAAAGUAACCGAAGCUUGCACACAACCAACCCAGGUCUUCAGUCAGAAAUUGCUUGCAGGAACCUGACGUUAAGGGUUAUCGAGACGCAGAAGCUGGAGGAAUCAAUACUUAGCGUAGUGAACUCCGCAGAAUCGAAUGGGUUAAUAAUCACUGGGAUGCAUUUGCAUGAAAAUAGUCCAGUUCUGCAGUCAUAUGCCUUUCCUAUGAUUGAGGACCAUGGUCUGGGACUUGUCGGGAAUUUUUUGGUGUCCAACAAGCACCCUCACAUGGAAGCAUCUCUGCUAGUUGUCAAACACUAUGGUCCUUCCCAAGACACGGUGUUGACAUCGUCUAUCCCUGCCGACUCAAGCGCAAACUUGCUCUCUGUUGCAAAUGUUGAGGUGGGUUCUUCCACUUUCACUGGUCCAAGUGAUAUUAAUGACUCCGGGUCUAGUCAAAAUAAACUCGGUUAGUUUAGCGAAGGCUUAUACUUAAGCUCAACGGAAAUCGGUGUACUUAGGGUUCUACACAAUCUAGUGAGCCUCUAUCUCUUCGCCACAACUGUACUUUUUCACAACAUUAAUAAUCUUGUACAGUACAUCUUCUGGAGAUAUUCAGAGAUACUAAGCUGCAAGACAUUCAAUGAC